GGAAGGUGCUGCUGAGAGGAUCUGCAUCCCUCAUUGGCUUGAGCGCGCGGACGCCAAUGGAAUUGUUUCUUAAUUUUGUGUUCCGUUUUCAUUGAUUCCUUUUUAGUGCAGAAACUUUGAAGCAUUGACCUCUCUAGUCCAGCAGCAACACCAAUCUGAAUUCUGAACUAGCUCCCAUGGCAGAGAGAUCGAGAUCAUUUUCCUCUCUCUCUUCCUCUACGUUCGGCUACGAAUGGACUUACGAUGUCUUUCUCAAUUUCCGAGGGGAAGAUACUCGCUUUGAUUUUGUAAGAAAUCUCUAUAACGCUCUGGAUCAAAGGAGCAUCGAUACCUUUAUGGAUGACAGGGGGCUUCGAAGAGGAGAAAAGAUUACUCCAGCCCUUCUCAAUGCAAUCAGUGAGUCUAGAAUUGCCAUCAUUGUUCUCUCUAGGAACUAUGCUUCCUCAACCUUUUGUUUAGAUGGGCUUGUUCAGAUCCUUGAUUGUAUAAAGGGGAAUGGUCGAUUGGUUUUGCCUGUUUUUUACAACGUGGAACCGUCGGAAGUACGGCAUCAGAAAGAAAUUUAUGGAGAAGCGUUCGCUCAGUAUGAUACAAGGUUCCAGAAUGACAAGGAUAAGGUGCAAAAGUGGAGAAAGGCUUUGCAAGAUGUUGCCGAUAUCUCCGGUUUCACUUUCAAACCUGGGCAAGAAUACGAAAGUGGUUUUAUUCAGAAAAUCGUUAAAGAGGUGUCUAGGAGGAUUGACCGUGAACCUCUACAUGUUGCUCACUAUCCAGUUGGACUUGAGUCUCGAGUGCUACAAGUAAACUCUCUUUUGGAUGUUCAGUCUGAGGGAGUCCAAAUGGUAGGGAUUUGUGGCAUGGGCGGAAUAGGCAAAUCAACAAUUGCUCGUGCAGUAUACAAUUUGAUUGCUGGCCGAUUUGAUAGCUCUAGUUUUCUUGCUAAUGUUCGAGAAGAUUCACAAAAGCAUGGCCUAUUACAUCUCCAACAAAAGCUCCUUUAUAAUGUGAUUGGGGAAAUUAUCAACGUCGGGGAUGUCGAUCAAGGAAUCCCAAUGAUAAAACGCAAGCUCCGCAAAAAGAAGGUUCUUAUAGUUCUUGAUGAUGUUGAUAAGCUCAAGCAAUUGCACGCUCUUGCUGGGGGACUUAAUUGGUUAUGUUCUGGUAGUAGAAUCAUUAUAACAACAAGGGAUAAACAUUUGCUAAAAACACAUGGUGUUAACAAAAUCUAUGAUGUAGAGAGUUUAAAUCCAGAAGAAGCUCUUGAACUGCUCAAAUGGAAUGCCUUUAAACAAAAUAGGGCUGAGCAAAGUUACAUGGACAAAUUAGACAAUGUUGUACAAUAUGCCUCUGGUCUUCCAUUGGCUUUGGAAGUUUUAGGUUCCAACUUGUUCAACAGAGGAAUAAAUUAUUGGAAUUCUGCAUUAGAUGAGUGGCGGUUAAUUCCCGAUCAAAAUAUCUGAAAGAUACUUGAAAUAAGUUAUGAUGCUUUGGAAGAAUAUCAUCAGGAAAUUUUUCUAGACAUUUCCUGUUGCUUUAAAGGUGACACAUUGGAAUAUGUCACAAAGGCCCUAUCGGCCCGUGGUAGAUGCCCAAAAUAUGCUAUUCAGGUGUUGAUUGAUAAAUGUCUCGUAAAGAUUGAUUCAGGUUUUGUGACAAUGCAUGACUUGAUUCAAGGAAUGGGCAAGGAAAUUGUCCGGCGGCAGUCACCAAAGGAGCCUGAAAAACGGUCUAGGUUGUGGCUCAAUGAAGACAUUAUUUCCAUUUUAGAAGAGAACAAAGGAACUGAGAAGAUUGAAGCCAUAAAUCUGGACAUGCUUGGAGAUAAAGAGGUUAAAUGGGAUGGAAUGGCAUUUAAAAAGAUGUCAAACCUUAUGAUGCUUAUCAUUAGAAAUGCACGAUUUUCCACAAGUCCCAAGUA